ACACAUCUACAGUAGUGCAGUCAUGCUGCACAGGCGCUUCAGUGUUCAGAAAGCUUCACUCUCCGCUGAUAUGGUGGACACGCAGACGUUUGGCUGGCCCGUGGGCUUCGGCCUGAGCGCUCUGGAACUGGAGGAGCUGGAGGACGACACGCACUCGCUGGACAUCAAGCCCUUCUCCACGCUCGACUACAGCAGCAUAUCAGGCAUCGACUACGAGAACAACCCAACACAGAACGACCCAACCCCGCACAUGAUGGACCUGACGCACAUGUACAGCUACAGGACACAGGAGAACUACAGGACACACGAGCCCAUCUACAGGCCAGAACACAGCAGCUACAGCCCUGAGGAGAACACAUACAGAGCACAGCAGAUACAGAACUCGAUCAAGCUUGAGCCCGAAUCUCCUCCACAGUUUGCAGAGAACAGCGUUUCAUUCUCCAAAACUCCUGAAGAUCCGUCUUCAUCCUCACUGAACAUCGAGUGCCGAGUGUGUGGAGACAAAGCUUCGGGGUUUCAUUACGGCGUUCACGCCUGCGAGGGAUGCAAGGGUUUUUUCCGCAGGACGAUUCGCCUGAAGCUGGUGUACGAUCACUGCGACCUGCACUGCCGCAUACACAAGAAGAGCCGCAACAAGUGCCAAUACUGCCGCUUCCAGAAGUGCCUGAUGGUGGGCAUGUCACACAACGCGAUUCGCUUCGGUCGAAUGCCGCAGGCUGAGAAGGAGAAGCUGCUGGCCGAGUUCUCCAGUGACGUGAACCACAUGCACCCGGAGUCUGCAGACCUGCGCGCGCUGGCCCGACAUCUCUACGAGUCCUAUCUCAAAUACUUCCCUCUGACCAAAGCCAAGGCCAGAGCCAUCCUGUCCGGGAAGACCAGCGACAAUGCUCCUUUUGUGAUCCACGAUAUGAAGUCUCUGGUGGAAGGCGAGCAGAUGAUCAACUGCAGAUACAUGCCGCUCCACGAGCACCGGCGCUCAGAUCUGGGCAUCAUGCAUGAGGUGGAGCUGCGCUUCUUCCACAGCUACCAGUCCAGAUCUGCCGAGGCCAUCAGCGAAGUCACCGAAUUCGCCAAGAGCAUCCCGGGGUUCAUCAACCUGGACCUGAACGACCAGGUGACGCUGCUGAAGUACGGGGUCAUCGAAGUGAUGAUCAUCAUGAUUUCUCCGCUCAUGAAUAAAGACGGGACCCUGAUCUCCUACGGACAGAUCUUCAUGACCCGCGAGUUCCUCAAGAGUCUGCGCAAACCCUUCUGCGAGAUGAUGGAGCCCAAGUUCGAGUUCUCCAUCAAGUUCAACAUGCUGGAGCUGGACGACUGCGACAUGGCGCUGUUCCUGGCCGUCAUCAUCCUCAGCGGAGGUAUGCAGGAUCUGUACUAGAGACACAUAUACACACACAAACACACACACACAAACACACACACACACACACACACACACACAUACAUGCAUACAUACAUACAUCAUGCGGGAUCUGUACUAGAGACUCAAAUACACACACAAACACACACACACACACACACACA